AUGGCCUUAUUUCAGCAAUACAUCGACAAGAACGGCCACCCAUAUCUCGUCGUGGAUUAUGACGACCCAACCCACUUUGUCAACGCUUCAAGCAAUCUUGACAUCCACCCAUUUCUAACUGAUACCUACAUCGUGAAAAGGCUCACUUCCAGCCCGUUUCAAACGGACUUAACCGAAAACAGGGACGACGUCAUUAUCGCCUUCCUCUCUCUCUUUCUCAUACUCAUCAUCGAAGCAUCAGCCUCCGCUUUUCUUCUUCGGACAAACAAGGGAAGGGUUGGCGUCUUCGGCUUUUCGGUUAAGUACGUCAUCGAACUUAUUCAAGACUUCAACAUGCACCGUCUUUUUCAGCGGAAGACCAAUUCACAAAGGCAUCUAAAACUCAAUGCGCGGCUACUGAUAUUUGCUCUGUCCAUCCUCUCACUGGUGUUUUUCGUGGAAGUUGCAAUCAUCUUCCUCACCAACCCCGAGCUGAGAUCUGUUUCUAACGACAAGGUUAGCUUUCGGAUUUUACAGCCUGUCAUGAUCUCUCCAAAUCAAGUUUACUUUCACGUCCGCACCUCAGCGAAUAGACCUUGCGAGUCAGCCACCUUGGUGGGUGUUCAUCAGGGUGCAACACGAAUCAACACUUGCGUCACCAUGGAGACUGCAAACAGAACCAUAGAAUUUAUUGACGUCGAAUACAGUAAAUCCGUCACAGUUGAAAUCACCACAGACAUCCAUGACUAUGGAGCCGAGCACGAACUGAGGAUCGGUGAUUUGAGCGCAAAGUAUUCUGCGAGGGCAUACUUCACCCUGCAUGACGGGAAGAUGCGUUUGAUGAAGAGCAUUUCGCAAUCGAAGCACGAGAAGAAACAGGUUGAGGCUGUCCACAAACAAUUCGUAGGUGCCAUGUUCAGUGCUGUGAUAAGAGCGAAGAAUGACAAGAACGGCGCGGAUUUUCUGGACCAAGUCAAUAGAAUCAAUUGCAGCUCAACUGAAAUGGAGGGUCGGGACAUUGAGGUUCUCCAAUCGGAGCAAAAGUCUCACACGGUCAAGACAAGACGGUAUAAUUCCACCAUGAAAGGAGUGAUGCCCAGUGGCUUAUAUGCAAUUCAAAUGGCGCAUAAUGUUUUUAAGGGGAGCUCAGCUGUAGUCCUACACGGCGGUGACACGCAGGACCUUUUCCUGAAGGAGGGAUUGCAGUCUCAGAAAAGUGUCGUGUGGGGUGAACCAGUGCGAAAAUUAAACUGGUUGUCCCUGCUGAUUGUUUGUUUGGCAUGCCUUUUUCUGCAAAUUCCGCUUCACUUUCUCCUGAAGCCGAUAUCAACCGCAUACAUUGCCGGACUAUGGGCGAAGCAUAAGGUUGGGGCAGAAAUGGAGCGUUCGCCGAUCGAAGUGAGCAGAAAUGAAAGAAAGAGAUUUCGGCUUUACCCGGAACGCAACAACAAUGGAUAUUUGUACAGAGCAGAAAGCAAAGGCAUGGGGAUUGAUCUUCCCGAACACUAUUGAUUGCUUCCCUGCCGAAGUCAUGGGAUAGACGAAAAUGUACAUACGUAUACGAUGGGGGUGCCCUAGAACUGCAAAACGUAUCGUUGCUGUCCCAGUAAUAAAGCACAGAAGUCA